AUGUACCUUGAUAUGUCCUCUAAACAAAAAGAUCAACGCCCCAAUGUAUUUUGUUUAGUUCCGGAGAACGAGCGGUUCUUGUGGACCACUGCAAGGCUAUUUUCCCGCUGGAACGGCUCCCACGCCACGCUCGCCUUCUCUGUGUUAGCGGACGUGAUCGCCAGGAUCCCCGUCCAGCAUCAGCCCGCAGUGGCUGCCCCGCCCCAAGCUCGGGACUGCAUUCAGGAGUUGGACCUGAACAAUGUCAGUCACGCUGUACCAGACAGACGGCAGGCAGAGAAGGCGGCCACGCUGGCCCGCGUGUGGGUGCAUGGGGUGCGGCGGAUGUUCUGGGUGUCGUGCAACGCUGACCCUGCCUGGGUCCUGGACGUGCUGCGGAGAGCCGCCCCGACGCUGGAGGAGCUUCACAUUAAGAAUCCCCGCGAGCAGCACCUUCUGGCUGUGCACGCCAUGCGUGGACUGCGGCGGGUGGCCUUGCGGUGUCACGACGGUGCCCUGGACGCACAGCCCCCCGCGCUGCCCGCCCUGCCACGAGGCGGCCUCAAGUGGCUGCGUGUAGUUGGACUCCCCCGGGCCACCCUGGUCUCCCUGCUGCAGGCCCACAGUGCCUCGCUGGACGUGCUGUGGCUUCACGUCGGCACUCCGGGGGGCGGGCGGUGGCCUGUAGGAUGCGACGACCUGGAUGCCCUGCUGGGUCAGUGCGGCCUCCGCGUGUCUAGGGUCGUGCUGUGGAGGGGGCACUUCGCCAGCCACUUCGAGUCAGACUGCCCUGCACAGGUGUCCGCGGUGCGGCGCGUGCUGCCGGCCGCCACGGUGCAGUGCGAAAAGUGUGACGAGGUUAAAUGGGAAAAGUUUUAGGCACUGCGUGAGCACGGCGCGCGCGGGAGGGGCACAGGCAGGGCACGGCAGCCGGCGAGACCCUCCAGUGUGUCGUGCGGCGGGCUGCCCGUUGGGGGAAGCGGUGCACAGUGCAGUGGCCUCGCAGAGAGUACUCUACGUGCCUCAAGCCCUUCAAGAUUUGCUGGUUUCUGAGCGUUUGAAGUUGAACUGCCGCGCACAAUCUGUCCUUACAUUUCGUUUGCUGUCACAUAAUAGACUAUUCUAGUCGUGGCUGAGUGAAGAACAAGAAGAAUCACAAAAGACGCAAUUUAGGGCAUUUAAAGUGAAUAUAUUUGAUGAAAUAUGUUGCAUUUACUAGAAAAUAUUUGAAUUAACUUCUACCAAGCAAGGGGACUUAAACAUUUGAAGUAAAAGUGCAAAAAAAGUACACUUUUGUGAUUCUUCUUGUUCUUCACUCAGCCACGACUAGAAUAGUCUAUUGUUUUCUGUCCUUAAAAAAGGCUUGGAAGAAAAGACAGGAAUGCACAAGUGCCUUGGCUCGCGCGCUCCGGACUUGUAAAAUCCCGUCUUAUCAGUCUUUGUGUUGGAUGGAUUUAUUGAGUUGAAUUAGUUGUGCAGUGAUUUUCCAAAUAUGCUGUGUCAGUUUCCACUGAAAGAUGUCUUUAGUUUGACCGCGAGACAUUUGUUCGUUGCAAUUCGUUUCCUUUCAUUUUUGGAAGAAUGAAAUGUUAGUGUGAAAGCUUUCGUUUUGUAUACGAGGUUCCACUUUAUCAUAGUGUAGUUUUACGUUGUUGGUUUUUCCGUGUGUUCUCUUUGAUAUCGAAUACACGGUUUAAUAUAACUGCUGACUUUCCCGCGAAGAUGCCAUUGUUCUUCUUCGGAUGAGUAAACUGUUCCAUUUAUUUUUCACAACUGUUACUGUUAAUUUCUUGAACUGUUAAGGAAAGUAAAUUGUUUCCACGGCUAUUAAUUACUUACUUUCCACUAUUUUUUAAACUUUUGCGUGUAGCAAACCUUCCUUAACUUGCA